AUGAGCGACUCCUAUACGGGCGAAGAGCUCACGUACCACCCCAUCGAGGACGCUCGCAGCGUCCGCAGCGUCACCGACAGCGGCGAAAGUGGCCCAGACAGCCUCACCAACUCCCUGCAGCUCCUGACCGCCCCCUCUGGUCAGACCAUGUCCGGCGUCGGUACUCCCUCCUCCCUUCGCUCUCCCAACCUCCGUGCUCUCGACCAUCGCAGGUUUCUCAAGGACGACCCCACCUGGACUGCAGAAGACUCUGAGAAUGAUGGGGAUGUCGAGAGCAUCAAUUCCACCUACUCUCAGCUCCCCGGUACCCUCGCCUUGCCGUCCUUCCAAGUCAAGUUUCCGGAUGGAAAUACUCCCCGCCAGCUCACUAUGUUCGACCCCUCCAAGGACAGAGGCUUUGUUGUCCCUCGACCCCCGCCUUCCGAUGACGACCCUAUCGACUACCAGGUGAUCCUCAGCAUCGACGAGUGGCACGAGGUCUAUGCGCUUUGGGACGAUCUCGCCUUUCCCAAAAGCAAGCUCAACGAGGACGGGCAAGAGGUGGACGAUGGGUUUGCGAGGCUGCGAGUCAUCUACAAUAAGCAGGAGAAGGCUUCGCACCUCGGUGGCUCCUUGGAUCUGUUCAUGUCUGAGAUCAGAACCAUGGUGUCGGCCAUUGCUGGGAACAAAAACGACGAUGACAGUGAAAGCUUGGACGCCAACGUGACUGAGACAACCGACGACUUUUCCAUCGUGUGCGAAAACAUCAAGCUCUACCAAUGGUUCAACCCACUUUACAAUAAAGCGAGACAGCAAGCAGCACCCGGCGAGUCGCUCAACCCCAUGAGGAUAUCUCUCCAUGUAGGAUGGGACAAGACGCAAACCGUCGAGGGAUUCGCAGCCACGGAAGCGAGGGAGAAGGAACGACAGGCGAGACUGGGGUUGCCGGAGGGAAGGUUGGGAAACGAACUCGAUAUGGAUGCGGUGAGGAGGGCGAGGGAGAGUGUGGAAGAGGAGGAGAGGGAGAAGGAGCGGGUGGAGAAGGCGAGCAAGCAUGGGGUCAAUGGCGAUGAUGAAGAGGCGUGA